AUGAGAUUCCACCCUCUUCGCCAUGUUGUUACCGCACAAACCUACGAAGAGCGUUACAAUCUCCUUAACCCUAAGCUUGGACUGUUGUCUUACUUUCUUCCCAGCAGUUUGGACAUGUUAAAGUACUUUAAUGGAGAUGACAGCGACAGCAAGGAAAGCGAUAAUUACGGCAAUAGCGAUGAUGGGACUGAAAGCGAGGAAGACGAAGGCGAGAGCAAAAGUCAUUUACUUGAAGACUGUGACCCUAACGGAUCUUCCACUUGCCUGCUCGUCCCUCUUGUUGACGAUCCAAAUACUGGCCCUGCUGAAGCAUGGCGCUGGGCCCAUCUCAAAUUUGAAUUCCCAUUCAUUUUCUACAACAUAGAAAUGCGUGAGCUGCGAAGAUGGGGCUAUGUCAUGUGGGACCAUGAAAGAUUGAUUGAGGGUGGCUUAUUUGACUCUCCGUGGCAGGAACCAGAUGACAUCGACUAUGAAGAGAUUCGCCGCCGUGAAGAUGUCAUGAACAAAUCAAUCGAAAAGCGGUAUUUGCUGUAUGCAAAGGGAGCGAUGGGGUGGUGGGAAGAGGGGGAUGAGUCGAAACUUGUUUGGAAGGGCUGGAAAUUAUCAGAUGAUACUGUUGAGAUGUGGUACUUGAGAGACAUCACCCGACCCGAUGUCGUUUACAACUCCGACUCUGGACAUUGGCACUGCUGUUCCAACGGUAGUGACAAUGUUACCCUUCCAUGCCAAAAUACCACCGACGAGACAUUCAGAGCCGCUGCUCCGUCAAAGCUGGUCGCGUGCUGGUCUGCUGGCACGACCGCUACAGGCACGCCAGCUGCUAAGAGUACAUCAACCACGACGCCAACUGGAAUCGAUCUUGGCACUGCUGCUGGCGCCAUCUUCAUCUUGGUAGCUGAGAUUCUCAUGUUUCUACGAAACAGACGCAGACAGGGACAUAUAGCCGUGCACACCCAUGAUAAUGACGUAUCUGAGACACAGAGUCAAAAGGGGAUGGUUCGGAGCCUGAGCACACUUUCAGUUUUGCCUUUGAAAUGCCUGGAUUUGAAGAGGUUCAUCAGCCACCGGUAG